AGAUCAUGUAAUUUGCCGGUGUAUUGUAAAUACUUUCUGAAAUCGAGCUAAUUUGCUCUGUAAACUAUAGCAAAAUCAACAUGGAGGAAUUUAAAGUAAAACUGGAAUUUCAGAAUGUGACCACACAAAAACAGGCAGUAACAAAACUGUUGUCACAGCUGAUGGCAAAAGUACCACAAAAUAAGGUUCUAGGUACAUCCACUAGUCAGGUACCAGAGCUUCAGUUUUUGUUUGAGAGAUGUGGAGACCUGUCUCCAUCAGUAAGCAUGAUGAUAAGUCAGGGUAUAGCAACUUUGGUUAUAAAUGGUUUUGCUGAUGCCAGUUAUAUCAUCGAUGGAUUUUUGGUUAUCGUUCCAUCUGCCAGAUACCUUAAUGGUAUUAUUGCUGCCAUAACAGAAAUUAUUCAGCAUCAAAUGAGAAAAGAAAUGGAGAAAAUGGGUGAAUUCAGGUGCAUUUAUUCAUUAAGGUCUUCACCACAUCCAUUUAUUACUAUCCUUCAAGAAAGAAAAGAUUCUUGGUCUCUUAUUAGGGAUAAGCUUGGUUGGAUGUUGAAAAGUGUUAGAAACAAUGAGUCUAAAGAAACCCUGGAACUUGUGAAACCUUUGUUUAUGUUCCUAAUGAUGAAUCCAAAUUUUGUAAGUGAGCAUAACCUCCUGAGAAAUGAGACAGUUAACCUGAUGUUACAACAAAAUAUUAGCAGCCCUGAGGAUGGAAGAAAUCAAUAUCUUAGUUUUGUUUUGAGUUGCCUGCCUUGGAUCCAGGUCCGGACAAAACUUGAAGUUACUGAGGCUAUCUUGAUGAUGGAGAAGGUUUUAAAGAGUUAUUUAAUCAUAUCUCAAGAAGAUAGAAUAAAGUAUAAUGUAGUUCUGGCAAUACUAAUAUCUCUAGCUCUAGUGAAGAAAGGACUUGAACAUGGUCUGGAGCCUUGGAGUUUGCUGGUUGAUACUGAAACAUUGUGUUGCCAGCUAAGUAAGGAAACAGGAAUUCUUGAAAGGGAAAUUGCUAUAACAGUUGUGUCUUUGCUAUUUCUGAAAGUGCCAAGUGAUCACCUGAAGACAUUGUUGAAUAUUGGUAGUAUGCUGCUUGAUCAUCCUGAAGUAUCUCCCACGGUCUCUGCUAUGCUAAUUGCCCCACUUAUUGAGCUUACUUUAACACCUCCAGUUAGUCAAGACUUUUUAUUGAAAUCUAUAGUAGUUGAACUGGUAGAGAAACUGGAAAGUAUGAAAUUGUCAGAAGAAGACUAUGAAAUCAAGGAAUUACCAAUAGUGUUGACUUCUUCUUUGACAAGUGAUAAACAGUCUGGGAAUGGAAAAAAGAUUGAAAGUGAUCAAAAUAUGCUCUCUUUAACAUCUUUUGUUUCUAGAGAGACUUUAUUUACACUCUUGGCCAAAAGGAUGGAUAAGUUUCAAAGUUACACAGAAGGAGCACGAUGGGCAAAGGUUGUGUCUAAGCUGUAUAUAAGCCAUGAUAAAGUUAAGGAACCUCUAGUGUUUUUGUUACUUACUGCCAUGUUUUAUCGACAGAAUACAAAUAGUGGUGUUCAUCAGUGUUUGGAAGUUCUUCGAGCUCUUGUAAGAAAACAUCCUGAAUGG